GGCAGAAUUCCAAAAGUUUUGGGAGCUUUGCGCAUUCAUCGACAACAGCUGCGGGUCGGCGAACAGUUAAGAUACGGCCUACUGCCGCAUGCCUAGAUGCGUGCAUUAACUUUUUUUACCACUUCCGCGCGCUCCGUUCGCAGAUCCAUUUCGUUAACCAGGACGAGAAUACCGACCACCCUACCGAGCCUUGGAUUCGUGUCGACCUACACCGCCACCAUGUCGACCCAGACAGCGGGUGCCGACAGCACCGCAGUCGCCAGCAUCGCGUCGCGGCCCGCCCACCAGCAGCUCGUCGUCCACGAAGGCAUCCGCUACACCACGAUCAAGGAGGGCCUCGCCUACAUUCUGGUGCCCGAAAACUCACGGGCAGACAAGAAAAAAGCCGCGGACAAGAAACCCCCCGCAGAUGGUCAGGCCGCGCAACAGGUCUUCUACAACCCCAUCCAGCAGUUCAACCGCGACUUGACCGUCCUCACCAUCAAGGCCUUUGGCCGCGAGCGAGUCGAGCUCAAGGAGGCUGCCAACCGAGCCAGGUUUGAGAAAUUUUCCGACAAGAAGCGGAAGCGGAAGGCAGGCAAAAAUGAAGAGCAAUCGGAAGAGGGCGAUCGACCAGCAAAAUCUCCAAAGCGUUCGGCCGAUGCGACAGCCGGUUCGGCUGGCGUUGAGCAAGGCGAGGGAAUACCGCGAGCAGAGCCCGACCGCCCCGACAUCGCUGCGCCAGUACCAGAGGCCAGUGCAGCAGGAGGGGCAAGAGAGGCAGCAGUCACAGGUGACUCGGCUAUGGAAGACAUAGGGACUGCAGAAGCUGCGGCUACGAAUGGUUCCGGAGAGGCUCCCCUGGCCCCCUCAGCUCCCUGCGACGUCACAGAGGCUAAGAAAGAGGAAAAGAAGGCCGUCCCUUUCACUAUCCUCGACGCCCUCUCGGCUAGCGGUCUUCGCGCUCUACGUUAUGCACACGAAAUACCCUUUGUCACAUCCGUCACGUCGAAUGAUCUCCUCCAGUCGGCUGUCAAGUCCAUCAAACUCAAUGUGCAGCACAACAAGCUCGAGGACAAGAUCGUUGUGUCGCACGACGACGCCCUGGCACACAUGUACACCCUGAUUGCAAAAGAGUGUCGUCGAGACAAGUCUGCCAGGAGCGAGAAAUACGACGUGGUCGACCUCGACCCGUACGGAAGUGCGGCCCCUUUCCUCGACGCUGCUGUCCAGGCGGUCCGCGACGACGGCGGCCUGCUAUGCGUCACGUGCACUGACUCGGGCGUCUGGGCCUCUAACGGAUACCCGGAGAAGUGCUUCGCCCUGUACGGGGGCACGUCGUCGAAUUCUUUCUACUCGCACGAGCUCGGUCUGCGGGUCGUCCUCCACGCGAUCGAGGCGUCUGCUGCCAAAUAUGGCCUGGCCAUAGAGCCAUUGCUGUCGCUCUCGAUUGACUUCUAUCUUCGACUCUUCGUCCGCAUCAAGAAGUCGCCCGCCGCCGUCAAGUUCCAGGCGGCCAAGAACAUGCUUGUCCAUCUGUGCGACCAUGGCUGCGGCGCCUUUACGACGCAGCCUCUGCUGGUGAACAAGGAGGCCCCAAACAAGAACGGCAGCGGAACCUUUUACAAACACACCUACGCGAAAACAACCGGCAGCCAGUCUUGCGACCAUUGCGGAUCCACUACGCACGUCGCCGGACCCGUGUAUGGAGGCUACAUCCAGUCACCGCCGUUCAUCAAGCGCGUCCUGGCCGAGCUGCGAGCAUCGUCCACCGACGUCUACGGCACGACGGAGAGGAUGCGGGGCAUGCUGCAGACGGCUCUCGAAGAGGUGUUGCCGGCGAUCAGUGAGACGCAGGAAGCCGACGGCGAGAGCAAGCCAGCACCUUCCCAAGAGGCGGAGAUGGCAGCCAUAGACCCGUACCCGUUUUACUUCCAUCCUUCCAGGGUAGCGGGCAUCUUACAUUGCGCCUCUCCGCCCGAGAGGAAGCUGAAAGGCGCGCUGCGGAGUUUGGGCUACCGCGUCACUCGUAGCCAUUGCAAGCCGGGUAGCAUCAAGACGGAUGCUCCCUGGUCGGCCAUCUGGCACGUCAUGAGAGAGUGGGUGCGUCAAGAGGCGCCCGUCACAGAGGCAAACAUCAAGCCGGGCUGCGCGGGCUACCGACUGUUGGGUCUCGAUAAGCCGGGGAGGACUGAGGCGGGCGACCAAGGACCAAAGGUGGUGUUUGACGAGAGUCUCGGCCGCGAUACCGCCACGACCAAGCUGGUCAGGUACCAACAAAACCCGCGAGAACACUGGGGUCCCUUGGGUAAGGCCAAGGGAAAGUGAUGGCCGCCUCGGGAGUCGAAGUACCAUAAUGCACUGCUUUAUCUGUGGUGUACGCCGAUUUGAGCAUGCAGGCUUGGAAAAUAAAGCCUUCUCGUAGGCAAAUGCUUAUCCAUUACCUAUAUUCUAUGCCCCUAAGACUUAGGGGUUUUUUUAAGGCGUUAACUUAGGUAGAGGCUUUCUUGUGGUAUUGGGAAGAGAUAGCGAGAAGAAAAUAGACGUCGAAGAUAAGGAGCUAGUAUCUUUAUUAUUCUAUUCUUGGUAUCUGUUGUAUAAUAAAGCUGGAUUUUAGUUACAUCUAGUUGCGAGAGCUAGAGAACCCCCUUCUUGAAAAUCCUAGACUCUUCUUAUAUAUUAUUUAACUACCUUACUUAGGGAAAGACUUCCA